UGUCCAACCUUGCGCUGCUCCGGGCGUGCGACCCAUAUUGGGUUCGACAGCCUCAAGCCGCUGGAGGACGGCGAUGAUAUCGCAGAUUUUGACACUCACAUGGACAUCAAGUUUGCGGACCGAUUCUUUUCAACGCGCACGACGAGCUUGAUGGGAUCGAGUCUUGAGAAUCUCGAGCAGAUCUCUCGUCAUCCGAUAUUCCGAGAAGCCGUGAAAAUACUGGUCAUCCAGGACGAUUCCCAUAAAUUAGAUCCAAUCUACUGCGACCGGCUGAUGCAUUCCAACGAGAUCUGGCCUUACGACAAAGAUUCAUAUGUAAUCUCCAGCCAUCUCAAUAUCCAGGCUCUACACCAUAUGUUGGCUGAAAGGCGUCUGCGCCCGAAGGUCAUCAGGAUUCGCAAUUACAGGAUGGAUACUGGAUGUGUGACCUAUUGCUCGAGUGCGAUUUGGCAACUGCACUAUCCCGGAUACGAGUAUAGUGACGAAUCGGCCGCUAUCCGGGCACAGGCGGUAUCCCGACUUGCCAAAGACAUCGUCCAAAAUGCGAAUCUCACCAUUCUUUCAAUCCGCUUGCAGUCCAUCGAUUUCCUAGGAUGUGCUCACGUAACUCAACGCCUUCGUGAGUUACGGGAUUCCGACACGCCCAUCAACAUUGGUAGCCCAACUUGCCACGACAUAACCCUGACGCUCUCGCCGAGUGCUAAUGCACAAGGUGCAGACUUUUCAUUGUUGCGCUCGGCAGAAGUCGAGUUCGAACAAUAUUGGUGGGAAAACGUCAUUCAAGCGCCUCUUCUCGAGGAUCUCAAGUUAGAAAUGGUCAAUUUUCCACCUCAUGUGUUGGGUCCCUCUGCCGCACCCUUUGCGACUCUAACACGGCUUGAGCUGAGUUAUUCGGACUUGACCCCGGCGCAAUUGAUCCACAUGUUGGCACACUCGAAACAAAGCUUGACCGAUCUCACAUUCCAAGGCCUCACCCUGAAGCAACCAGGCCAAUCGUGGCGGUCGAUACUGCUCGAUCUCGGGAGGAAUUGUACUGCCUUGGCGCGAUUUUUCCUUCGGAACCUGCGCAUAGACCAAGGAGGCGCAACGCGACCCAAUGUCGAUUUCUGGGGCUUCAAUGCAGACAUGGUCCCGGUCGAAGGUAGAGCGGGCUUGGACUUUAAGGUUAUCGACUGGAUCGAGGAUCGCCCUCCGCAAAUACGAGUCGUACAGUACGAAGGGCCUCGUGCGGACUUGGUUCUGGAGCGUCUUGCCGAGUGCGCGCACUAAAUAUCUUCUUCCUCUCUCCUUCUCCUGCUUAUUCUCCCUCUGAUCCUCGUCUCCCAAUUUCUCUUCUCCCCUUCGGCAUGUUUCUCUAUCGCCAUUC